AUGACAGCCCCUUCCCAGAAACCAAUGUUUGGGUUGCAGUUCUUCCCCCCAGACAUCCUACUUGAUGAAGGGGAAUACAUAGCUCAAGAAGGGUCGCCCACCCCCUUGACACCUUCCCCUAACACCAGAACUGCCCUUCCACCAGUACUCCUCAUGGCAUCUGAGGCGGAUAGAAUGCCAUCCACUGCCCAGACAGCCCCUCACUCCGCAGGUACAGAUGUGGAAGUAACCCCAAAGAGGACCCCACCACCACCCCCUACUGUCUCUGAUGACAAAGAAAUGCUGGACUUCUUCCCUCCAUGCUUUACGCCCACACCCACCCCAGCCUCCCCCCCAAACCUACCCCCCCCAAACAACCCCUCCCCCCCCUCUGAAGAAGAAAUGCUCCAUGCCCACCUUGUGGUGGUGGAAACCAAUAGGUCUAUCAUUAAAACCACAGGCACAAACUCCAUGUCAACUUCCCUGCAGUUCAUGCCUGCCCCACAAGGAGGUUUCCCACACAUUCAUUUAGCACAUGCUGCACAGCUGUUUGACUUCCAAGCUGGCAAGGUCAUCACUGCCUGGUUAAAGGUACCCCACCCCAAAAUUUUAAUCAGAGUCUUCAACCAUGACAGCAAAGACCCAGCUGUCAAAGGUCCUAUCCUGGUUGAACACCUCUGCAAGGCAAUCUCCACCAUAGCUCAAUCUAACCAUCAAGAAGAUCAUGAGAUCAAAGUCUCUCCACCCUGCCUGGAAACAACUAGGGAGAGAACAGACUACCCACUUAGCUUUCUCGCCUAUAACAUUUCAGAAGAGACUAAAAACAUCAUCUUGAACCAGCACAUCUGGUCUUCAAUGGAAAUCACCUUUGUGGCCCACCCCUUCCAAGUCAACUCUCUGCCACUCCUUCUAUUCUGCCUACAUGGCUUCUCCACCACUGACAUGAACACUGUCAGAACUGCCAUAAACGAUAUCUGGACAGAGGAUGUAACCCAAUGGGACAUUAUGGACAUCCUUUCAGAGAGUGAGAUCCCAGAAGAAUGA